AUGGAGGAUUCGGGAGCGAUACUGUGCCAAAUCUCAUCCCUGACGGCCAUGCUCGAUCAGGUGAACGAAGAACUUGAGGCCAACAUUCAGAUAAUGCGGGAGAUCGAGUCGGAGAUUGUGAAAUGCUCCGAGUUCGAGAACGCGAAAGAAUCUGAUCUCACCAAGACGCUCUACGUGUCGCAGUUUGAGCUCAUCGGACUCGUCUUCGUCACCAAGGAUUUAAGAAGCUCGAUAGAUAAUUUGGGGAGAGAAUUGGAUAUCAUGAGGUUAGAGCAGGAUGAGACAGUUAAGAGAAUCCAUGAAAAUCGGGAAAGGUUUAUGGCAUUGUGCAUAGAGUUCCAGAAGGACAUUGAUAAGGGUUGUGGCAGUGUACGACUGAGGGCUCAGCUGUCUGAGAGAGAGUGCCUUCAAAAUGAGAUGCUUAUGUUGGAUGAGAAGAACAAAGCUUUGAAGAACUCGAUGAUGGCAUUUAUUGAGGGGAUUCUUGAAGAUCUUAAUAGUGGCAACUCUGCUUUGCAGACUGAGAUACAGAACAUAAAUCAGGAGAACGAGAAAUUGCUGAAGGAUAUUGAUAACAUAAAAACUUCAUUGCUCUCAAGUUUUGCAUAUGAAGAUAUCAGUGGUAAGAUUUUUGUCCUGAUAUGCAUGAUUGAGACGAUUAACCAUCUCCUUAGAUUUUGA